AUGAACUUUGGGACAGUUGUGGUCUCUGCGGGUCUGUGCGGGCUGCUCAGCUUCAUCCUGCUCGCCGUGUCCAUCGGCACUGAAUACUGGUACAUUAUAGAUGUGGAUGAAGGGAGGAACUCCAGCCUGGAGUACAGCAGCUCUCACUCCGGACUCUGGAGGAUUUAUGAAGGACAGAACGGCAGUUAUCACGACAUCUCGUUCUACACGGACUCGUCCGACCACACCGAGCAGGAGAAGCACCUUUUGAACUUGCACAGGGUCAUUGUGGUCCUGCUGCCUCUCAGUCUGGUGCUGCUGGUCUUUGGUGGGAUCUUCGGUCUGGUGGCAUCUUUGGCUCAGAGCUGCACUCUUCUCACCUGCAUCGCUGCAUACUUCCUCAUCUGCAGUCUGUUGACGGUGUCCGGUGUGAGCAUCUAUAUCAGUUACUCUCAGCAGGCUUUGGCGGAGCUGCAGCACACGGUGGAUAUUGAGUCACUGUCGCACGUCCACAUGUCCUUCGGCUGGUCUCUGGUCAUGGCCUGUCUGUCCUUCUGCCUGGAGUUGCUGACGGGGAUCCUGCUCAUGCUAGCGGCCCGUCUCAUCCACCGUCAGUGCCACCACGAGCCUGCUGCAGUGCUCUCCAUGAGCCAGAGCUCACCACAGCUUCUGAGACUGCAGUGAUGGUGAUCAUUUCAUCUACAGCCUUAUCAAGAAAUGAGUUUGUGCUGCGUCAGAGUUCAAAUGGAGAGAGCUGGGUGGCAAAUGAGACAGCUGCAUCAAUUAUUGAAUGAAAGUGUUCAGUCGAGGACUGCAAAAUUUGUCUGCAUCACUCGAGUGUGUCAGUGCAAUUACAUGUUUUCCUCAAGGCUUCUAGAAACACAUUUUCCAGAGCUCACCGAUGUCAUGUGUCAUGCAUUUACUGUACUCUUAAAAAUAAAGGUUCCAAAAGGGUGUUUUUGCAGUGAUGCCAUAGAAGAACCAUUUUUGGUUGCUCAAAGAACCUUUCAGUGAGCAGUUCCUAA